AUGGAGUCGAUGCCCGGACAGCAGCUUCGAGACGCGGGACGAGACGCCAGCUCCUCGCCGAGGUCCAAGCAGGACGCGCCGAGCUUCUCCAGCGGCCUGAAGCCCAACCAGGUCAGCGAGACCUCCCUGUACGGGGUCCCCAUCGUGUGUCUAGUCAUUGACGGGAAGGAGCGACUCUGCCUGGCGCAGAUCUCCAACACGCUGCUGAAGAACUACAGCUACAACGAGAUCCACAACCGGCGGGUGGCCCUGGGCAUCACCUGCGUGCAGUGCACCCCGGUGCAGCUGGAGCUCCUCCGCAGGGCCGGGGCCAUGCCCAUCUCCUCCCGGCGCUGCGGCAUGAUCACCAAGCGGGAGGCCGAGCGGCUGUGCAAGUCCUUCCUGGGGGCCCACAGCCCCCCCAAGCUGCCGGAGAACUUCGCCUUCGACGUGUGCCACGACUGCGCCUGGGGCUGCAGAGGGAGCUUCAUCCCGGCCCGGUACAACAGCUCCAGGGCAAAGUGCAUCAAGUGCAGCCUGUGCAACAUGUACUUCUCCCCCAACAAGUUCAUCUUCCACUCGCACCGCACCCCGGAGUCCAAGUACCUGCAGCCGGACGCGGCCAACUUCAACUCGUGGAGACGCCACCUGAAGCUGACGGACAAGAAGCACUCGGACGACAUCAACCACGCGUGGGAGGACGUAAAGGCCAUGUUCAACGGCGGGAGCAGGAAGAGGACUCUGCCCAUGGGCGGCUCGUCGUCCAUGGCGUCCAUGAAGUCCCAGGCCUCGUCCUCCUCCAGCCUGGCCCGGACCAGCUCCCCGGAGGUCCCGCACAAAACGUUACGGUGCGACGAGGACCAGGGGAGCACGACCCUGGGCCUUGGUGGGGGUGCACGGAGCUACCCGAUCAUCCCGGUGCCCAGCAAGAGCUUCGGGAUGCUGCAGAAGAUCCCCCCCCCUCUGUUCCCCCAUCACCCCUACGGCUUCCCCAGCUACGGACUGUGUCAGAAGAAGAGUGAUGGAGUCCCGGACCCGAGCAAACCCGGUGUGCCCGGGAUGUUCUGGCCCGGAUCGAAGGACACCCUGUACCCGGCCUUCCCCAUGUUCUGGCCCACUCCAGGAGGCCUCCCCCUGCCCCCCUACCCGGGCUCCCCCCCCAAACCUCUGCCUGAGCUGCCCGGGGUCCGGCAGGGUGACCUCGACCUCUCUGACCAAAGUGACCGGGGGGCGAACACCCCCAAAGACCCCCACCACCCCCACAACCACCAGCAGGACGGUGGGGAGCGAUGCCCCAGCUCCCAGUCCUCCUCCACCAGGAACGACGAGGACAAAUCCGGGGACGAGACCCCCCCCCCGAGGAAGAUGAGCUACAUGUCGGCCUUCAGGCCUGUGGGCAAAGACGCGGAGACCAUCGCCAAACUCUACAGCAACCGGGACAGCUACCCGGUGCGUCCCGGGUACCUGUCCCCGGAUUUUAUCAGCGAGAGCUCCAGCUACAGAUCGGUGUCCCCGGACCGGGACAGCGUGGUGGACGAGGAGGACGACCUGGACGUGGAUGUGGAGUCCAACCGGGGACAGGACGAGGAGGACGAGCCCAUCCAGAUCUCACCGGGAGGAGGAGACCACCGGGACUCCCCUGUGAUGGAGCACGACUCCUCGGGUGCUGAGGAGAGCCAGGAGCAGCCGGACGCCUCCAGCCCCGGAGCAUCCGCAGCAUCAGGACCAGCAUCAGCACCAGGACCAGCAUCAGCAUCAGCAUCAGCACCAGCAUCCUCAGCAUCAGCAGCAUCACCGGAGGAGAGCGCACACACUGGGUCAUCAGACGAGGACCGGCAGAUGCGUAAUGGCUCCCCUCUUCACGAAGUGUACGCGCAUGAAAAGGAAAAGGAGCCUUCGUCCUUUGGGUCCAAACAAUCGAGCAGAUCCAACGGAGCUCAUCACGUGUCUGAGAUUCAGAUCCAACGCACUGCAGCAGCCUAUCAGGAGCACAGGGACAGACAAGCCGACGGAGCUUUACGCAUCGACAUCAGCGUGCAGGAAAGAGAAGUGGAGAACAUGGCGAAAGAGGAGUUGCAGAAGCAGCUCGUGGAGCAAGUGGAGCUGAGGAAAAAGUUGGAGAGAGAAUUCCAGCAUUUAAAAGAUAAUUUCCAGGACCAAAUGAAGCGUGAGCUGUCCUACAGAGAGGAAAUGGUCCAGCAGCUGCAGAUUGUUCGAGACACUUUGUGCAGCGAGUUGGACCAAGAGAGAAAGGCUCGUUAUGCAAUACAGCAGAAGCUAAAAGAAGCUCACGACGCCCUUCACCAUUUCUCCUGCAAGAUGCUCGCCCCUCGUCAGUGCACGGGAGGCUGCACCUUCAAACCCCCGCUGCUGCCUCCAUAG